AUGCCUGUACAAAGACCACUGAAAUUCGAAACACGCCAUCAAAAUGGAACUAUUACACAGGUACCCAGCCUGUUUGGCUGGGACACGACACUGGAGGAUUUAAAAAAUCCUGCCGUGAGAGAGACCUAUUUGCUAGCGGUCUUCGAUAAAUGGCUCUUAGACGCCUCAGAUGUGAUCCAAGAAGCCUCCGGAAAGACGUACGAGCGCUUGCAGUCAUCUGCCCUGGGCCUCUCUGGCCUGCACGACGGGUCUUGCUAUUUCUCCCAUCUUUCCUUACAUGAGAAAGGCAAAAAUCGUCCAACCGUCAUCUUUGAGUCGGUCCAAAUUGACAAAAGUGACCCUGCGGCGGCUCCGAGAAGUCAAUAUAUCUACAAUAAGGCUGCAAACUGGUUUCGAGAAUCUUCAGGAUCCCUCAAACUUGCUAUUAUUGCCUGCUUGAGCCAAGAAGAUCCGGUGGCGCCGUGGGGUGCCCCUUCAGCUCUCACUUCGACAUCAAAGAGCUGUGACUGGGGCCUGUCAGCACAAGAAAUCGUGUCGUGGCCUCUUGAUUCCAUUAUAGCUCAUAUCCACUACCUAGAUCUACAACAGUCUACCUCCCGAACUGAUCUCGACAUUUAUUGCUUGACCUCCUCUUAUCGAUCUCACCAGGGCUAUGCCGAGCGGGUGUUUCACGCCUCGUUCCUACCUGGUGGCGAACUGGCCCGUUUCGUCGAGUUCGCGUCGUCAGAUUUCAGUUUGUCUCGUGUUUUUCCUGAGCUUCGCACCACCCGAGUCAACGAUCAAGUGGCAGAGAAGUUGAGGGUGCCAGCCUCCGCCUUACACUUAUUACAUCCUCAAGCCCUUAGGGAGGAUCGAUUUGCGCAGGCGCAAAAUGUGGCUCGCGCCGCUAAGCGUAGAGUCACGGGGUGA